AUGUCCCGGCUUUUUGACAAGAGCAAGGUUUUGGUGGAAGAAGUUUCUCUUCUGGCUGAAGUUUAUGGUAUAGAGGGAAAUAUUUUCAGGCUUAAAAUCAAUGAAGAAACUCCCGUGAAACCCAGGUAUGAAGUUCCUGAUGUCCUCACAAGCAAGCCCAGCACUGUAAGGCUGAUUUCAUGUUCAGGGGAUGCAGAUAGUUUGGUAUUGACAGAUGGAAAAGGAGAUCUGAAGUGUAAUAUCACAGCAAACCCAUUCAAGAUAGAUUUGGUGUCUGAAGAAGAGGUUGUGAUGAGCAUAAACUCCCUGGGCCAGUUGUACUUCGAGCACCUGCAGAUUCCUCUCAAGCAAAGAGCUGCCAAAGAAAAUAAGAAGGACACAUCAGUGGACGCUUCUCAGGAAGACCAAGAGGAUCUGGGCCUGUGGGAGGAGAAAUUCGGAAAAUUUGUGGAUGUCAAAGUUAAUGGUCCUGCCUCCAUUGGUUUGGAUUUCUCCUUGCAUGGAUUUGAGCAUCUCUAUGGGAUCCCGCAACAUGCAGAAUCACACCAACUUAAAAAUACGAGUGAUGGCGAUGCUUACCGUCUUUAUAACCUGGAUGUCUAUGGAUAUAAAAUACAUGACAAAAUAGGCAUUUAUGGUUCAGUGCCUUAUCUCCUGGCCCACAAACUUGGCAGGACUCUAGGCAUUUUUUGGCUCAAUGCUUCCGAAACACUGGUGGAGAUCAAUACAGAGCCUGCAGUAAAGACCCAGAUGGGCUCUGUUGCAGCUAAACAAAAGGUCAGAUGUCGAACUGAUGUGCACUGGAUGUCAGAGAGUGGAAUCAUUGAUGUUUUUCUGCUGACAGGACCUACGCCUUCUGACGUUUUCAAGCAGUACUCAUACCUUACAGGCACACAAGCCAUGCCUGCUCUCUUCUCCUUGGGGUACCAUCAGUGCCGCUGGAACUAUGAGGACGAGCAGGAUGUAAAAGAGGUGGAUGCAGGAUUUGAUGAACAUGACAUUCCUUAUGAUGUCAUGUGGCUCGACAUAGAGCAUACCGAGGGCAAAAGGUACUUCACUUGGGACAAGAAAAGAUUUCCAAACCCCAAAAGGAUGCAAGAGCUGCUCAGAAGCAAAAACCGUAAGCUUGUGGUCAUCAGUGACCCCCACAUCAAGAUCGAUCCUAACUACUCAGUGUAUGUUAAGGCCAAAGAACAGGGCUUCUUUGUGAGGAAUCAUGAAGAAGGAGACUUUGAAGGAGUAUGCUGGCCUGGUCUCUCCUCUUACCUGGAUUUCACCAAUCCCAAGGUCAGAGAGUGGUAUUCAGGUCUUUUCACUUUCUCUGCUUAUCAGGGAUCUACUGACAUCCUCUACAUAUGGAACGACAUGAAUGAGCCCUCUGUCUUUAGAGGGCCAGAGCUAACCAUGCAGAAGAAUGCCAUUCAUCAUGGCAAUUGGGAGCACAGGGAACUGCACAACAUCUAUGGUUUUUAUCAGCAAAUGGCUACCGCAGAAGGACUGAUACAACGAUCUAAGGGAAAGGAGAGACCCUUUGUUCUUACACGUUCUUUCUUUGCUGGAUCACAAAAGUAUGGUGCUGUGUGGACGGGCGACAACACAGCAGAAUGGAGCUACCUGAAAAUUUCUCUCCCUAUGUUACUCACCCUCAGCAUUACUGGGAUCUCUUUUUGCGGAGCUGAUGUAGGCGGCUUCGUCGGGAAUCCAGAGGCGGAGCUGCUAGUGCGAUGGUACCAGGCUGGGGCCUACCAGCCCUUCUUCCGUGGCCACGCUGCCAUGAACACCAAGCGGCGGGAACCCUGGCUCUUUGGGGAGGAACACACCCGGCUCAUCCGAGAAGCCAUCCGGCAGCGGUACACCCUCCUGCCCUAUUGGUAUUCUCUGUUCUACUGCGCGCAUGUGGCUGCUCAGCCCGUCAUGAGACCUCUGUGGAUAGAGUUCCCAGAGGAACUAGACACUUUUGGUGUGGAAGAUGAAUACAUGCUGGGUGAUGCUUUAUUGGUUCAUCCAGUCACAGAACCAAAAGCCAGCACAGUUGAUGUGUUUCUGCCAGGAUCAAAUGAGGUCUGGUAUGACUAUAAAACAUUUGCUCAUUGGGCAGGGGCACGUACUGUGAAGAUCCCAGUAGCCUUAGACACCAUACCGGUAUUUCAGCGAGGUGGAAGUAUAGUACCAAUAAAGACGACUAUAGGAAAAUCCACAGGCUACAUGACUGAUUCCCCAUAUGGACUCCGGGUGGCUCUAAGCACUAAGGAUUCUGCCAUGGGUGAAUUCUAUCUCGACGACGGCCAUUCAUUCCAAUACCUCCACCAGAAGCAAUUCUUGCACAGGAAGUUUUCAUUCUUGUCAGGUGUUUUGAUCAACAGUUGUGCCGACAAAAGAGGUCAUUAUCCCAGCAAGUGUGUGGUGGAGCAGAUCUUUGUCCUAGGCCUCAAAAAGCAGCCAUCUUCUGUGACCACCCGUUCAUCUGAUGGUAAAGAUGAGCCUGUGGCUUUUACAUAUUGUGCCCAAAUGUCCACCCUGCGGCUGGAAAAGCUGUCGCUGAACAUCGGCGCUGACUGGGAGGUCCACGUCCGAUGA